UUGUUCUGGGUUACAACGGCAUGAAACAAUUAAACAUUCGACGUAUAACCUAUUACCAAAUCAUAUUCAAAAAAUACCCGAUUUAGAACUUAGUCACCUAAAAAAUGUUAUUGUUAAGGAAUUACAGAAGAGACUUAAAAAUAAUUAUCAUGCUGUUGGAGAACAAGUUUUUUCAUUACAUUGUAGUGAAAAUGCAUUUGUGGGUAUUUUUGGAGCUUACAUUACGCGUUAUUCACCUUGCGGUUCCUUCUACAUAUGCAGUUUCAAGGGAGAAAAUGCCAUAAAAAAAAUUGGGCUAAUAUUUGGUAAGGAACAUUGGUACCGGCGCCAUUAUGGAAAUGGUCAACAAAGUUUUGUUCGGCUUUAUGUACCAAAAAAGCAAAAUAUGUCAGUAAAUCAUAAUCAGUUACAAUAUAAUGAUGAAAAUAUGAAUGUACAACCAAAAAAGAAAUCAAAAUCAAGAUUAUCUUCGAAUGGGGAAAUGACCAUAGAAUGGAGGGUGACGGGAUUCAAAGAUAAGGAAAAUCAUGAAUAUAGAGCAGGAGUGCUUAGAAUUUGUUUUUUCUUAGAUCAAUGUCAAUUUUAA